AUUUGAGCCAAGCGUUGCAGCCGGAUCGUGGGAAGGGUUUAUGCUCCAGCAAGUGAAUAAGAGUGUCUUUCCACAGUCAGAGACAACCCAAAAGAAAGGGGAAGAAGAUGGAAGAGGAGAACCCAGAAGGUCUGAAAAGAGACUGAGGAAAGAUCCCCAUCCCAUCCAAGCAGGGAGCGGUGUUGAAUUUUGGGAAAGAGCUGUGCCAGAGGCCUUGGCUCAGGACACUAUGACUGCAGACGUAUGCAGCCGACGCUUCCGGCAGUUCUGUUACCACGAGGCUGAAGGGCCCCGAGAAGUUUGCAGCCGGCUCCAUGGACUUUGCAGCCACUGGCUGAAGCCAGAGAAGAACUCCAAGAAGCAGAUCCUAGACCUGGUGAUCCUGGAGCAGUUCCUGACUCUCCUGCCCCAGGGAAUGCAGUGCUGGGUCAGAGGAUGUGGGCCGGAGACCAGUUCCCAGGCGGUGGCCCUGGCCGAAGGUUUCCUCCUGAGUCAGGCAGAGGAGAAGAGGCAGGCAGAGCAAGUGAGGGGUUUUCAUUCAAUCGGUUCAAGCGGUGACCUUACCCUAAGGCUUUCUGUCAGAUAUUUCUCUGUGUGUGUUAACUGCCAUAAAGUUGCUUCCAAUUUAAUGGUGACCUUAUGAAUUAAAGUCCUCCAAAACGGUCGUUAACAGCCUUGCUCAGGGUCUUCCAAA